GCGGCCGCGGCAGCUGCGGGGUCAGAACCGCUCUCGGGUGCCGCCGUUCGGGGGAGGGCGGGGUGCUCCCUUCCUCCUCCCUGCCCGCGCCCCGUCUCCUCUCGCCCCGGGGCUAGGGAAGAUGGCUCGCCGCUUUUCGCCCGCGCUGAGCCUGCCGCGAGCGGCCGCCGGCAGCCAUGCCGAGCCAUAAGGAGACGCGGGUGCUGCACCUCAACGAGAUGGAGAAGCUGGACAAGACCCUCUUCAGGCUGGAGCAAGGGUUUGAACUCCAGUUUCGAUUGGGCCCAACUCUUCAAGGCAAGCAUGUUACUGUGUGUACAAACUAUCCAGCUUCUGGAGAAGUAUUUGAUCGCCACAAGUUCAGAACAUUAUCAUGGCACAAUCCCACAGGAAAAGAGGAUGACUCUGACAAAUAUUGCAAGUUAGAUCUCCAAAUUUCUGGGUCCUAUCAGUACUAUUUUAGUCUUGGAAAUGAGAAAAGUGGUGGAGGUUACAUAGUUGUGGAUCCUAUUCUGCGUGUUGGAGCCGAUAACCAUGUGUUGCCUUUGGACUGUGUUACACUCCAGACAUUCCUCGCUAAGUGUCUGGGACCAUUCCAUGAAUGGGAAAAUAGGCUUAAAGUUGCAAAAGAAACAGGUUACAACAUGAUCCAUUUUACACCAUUGCAGAAGCUUGGACUGUCUAGAUCAUGCUAUUCACUGGCUGAUCAGUUAGAAGUUAAUCCUGAAUUUUCAAGCCAUAACAAAAAAUGCACGUGGAAUGAUAUAGGAGCUCUUGUGGAAAAAAUGAAAAAUGAAUGGAAUAUGCUUUGCAUCACAGAUGUAGUCUACAAUCAUACUGCUGCUAACAGUGAGUGGCUCAGGAUGCAUCCAGAAUGUGGCUACAACCUUGUAAAUUCUCCUCACCUGAAGCCAGCCUGGGUCUUAGACAGAGCUCUGUGGCACCUGAGCUGUAUGGUGGCUGAUGGAAGGUGUAUUGAUAAAGGAGUCCCUCCCUUGAUAGAAAAUGAUCAUCACCUGAAUUGUAUCCGUAAAAUCAUUUGGGAAGAUAUAUAUCCAAAAAUUAAACUGUGGGAAUUUUUCCAAGUGGAUGUUAAUAAAGCUGUGCAGCAAUUUAGAACCCUUCUAACUAAAGGCAAAAUAGGCACUAAGUCUGAUCCGAAUCAACAUCUUCAAAUAGUUCAAGACCCUGAUUAUAGACGAUUUGGUUGUACUGUAGAUAUGAACAUAGCACUGGCAACGUUCAUACCACACAGCAACGGACCAGGUGCAAUAGAAGAAUGUUGUAACUGGUUUCGCAAGAGAAUUGAGGAACUGAAUGCUGAGCAAUACAGGCAGAUUCAUCAUCAUCAAGAGCAGGCUGUCAACUGUCUUGCAGGAACGGUGGUGUAUGAACGUCUGGCUGGUCAUGGUCCUAAACUAGGCCCUAUCAGUAGAAAAUAUCCUCUAGUUACCAGGUAUUUUACUUAUCCAUUCAAAGACCUGACUGUGGAGGAAGAACAAAGUAUGAUGCAUCAGCCAGAUAAAGCUUGUUAUUUCAUGGCCCAUAACGGAUGGGUUAUGGGUGAUGAUCCUCUUAGAAACUUUGCAGAACCAGGUUCAAAUGUGUACUUGAGAAGAGAGCUUAUUUGCUGGGGAGACAGUGUGAAACUGCGGUAUGGUAACAAACCCGAAGACUGCCCGUACCUCUGGGCACAUAUGAAAAAAUACACUGAAAUCACUGCCAAAUAUUUCCAUGGCGUUCGUCUUGACAACUGUCACUCAACACCUAUUCAUGUAGCUGAGGAGAUGCUAGCUACAGCCAGAUCAGUCAGACCUAAUCUUUAUGUGAUAGCUGAACUCUUCACGGGCAGUGAGUACAUUGACAAUAUUUUUGUCAACCGCCUGGGAAUUACCAGCCUGAUUAGAGAGGCCAUGACAGCUUAUAAUAGCCAUGAAGAGGGAAGGCUGGUUUAUCGUUUUGGAGGUGAGCCUGUUGGCUCUUUUGUUCAGCCACGUUUGCGGCCUUUGGUGCCAGGAAUAGCGCAUGCGCUCUUCAUGGAUAUUACACAUGACAAUGAGUGUCCAAUUCAGCACCGAUCUGCGUUUGAUGCACUUCCAAGUGCAAUGAUUGUUUCCAUGGCGUGUUGUGCUACAGGAAGCACCAAAGGUUAUGAUGAACUAGUACCACACCAGAUUUCCGUAGUAUCUGAAGAGAGAUUUUAUUCAAACUGGAAUCCACAAGCACACCUGAAUUCUGGUGAAGUUAAUUUCCAGACAGGAAUUCUAGCUGGAAGGCUAGCCAUAAACAGACUGCAUCAGGAGCUGGGAACUAAAGGCUUCAAUCAGGUGUAUGUAGAUCAAGUUGAUGAAGACAUAGUGGCAGUGACGCGACAUUGCCCUAACACCCACCAGUCUGUUGUGGCUGUAAGCAGAACUGCUUUCAGGGAUCCAAAGACUUCCUUCUACAGUAAAGAAGUACCUGAAAUGUGUAUCCCAGGAAAAAUUGAAGAAGUAGUAUUUGAGGCUAGAACUAUAGAGAAAAGCACUAGUCCUUACAAAAAAGAUGAACAUUUCAUAAAUGGAUUGCCUAAUUUCACAGUGGACCUCAGAGAGCAUAUCCAGAUUAAAGACAGUAAAAUUAUAAAGCAAGCUGGAACUGCCAUAAAAGGGCCAAAUGAAUUUGUCCAAGAAAUAGAAUUUGAAAAUUUAACACCAGGAAGUGUAAUAGUAUUCAGAGUUAGUCUUGAUCCAAAGGCACAAGAAGCUGUUGGUGUACUUCGCAAUCAUCUGAUUCAGUUCAGUCCUCACUUUAAAUCUGGGAGUCUUCCUGAUGAUCAUUCAGCACCUAUAUUAAAAACAUUAUUUUCUUCAAUUGCAUCUAAACUAACUUUGGCUGACUUAAAUCAAGUGCUGUAUAGGUGUGAGUCAGAAGAACAAGAAGAUGGUGGAGGUUGUUACAAUAUACCAAACUGGUCAUCCCUGAAGUAUGCAGGUCUCCAAGGGUUAAUGUCAGUAAUGGCAGACAUUAGACCAAAGAAUGAUCUGGGACAUCCAUUCUGUAAUAAUUUAAGAUCUGGAGACUGGAUGAUUGAUUAUGUCAGUAAUCGUCUGAUUUCACGUGCAGGAGCCUGUGCAGAAGUUGGUAAAUGGUUGAAGGCCAUGUUUGUGUAUUUGAAGAAAAUUCCACGUUACCUUAUUCCAUGUUACUUUGAUGCCAUUUUAGUGGGUGCAUACACAACUCUUCUGGAUGUGGGGUGGCAUCAGAUGUCUAGCUUUGUGCAGAAUGGAUCAACAUUUGUUAAACACCUUUCCCUGGGCUCAAUCCAGAUGUGUGGGAUAGGAAAAUAUGCAUGUCUGCCAGAUCUGUCUCCUUCCUUACAUGAUGUUCCCUAUAGGCUGAAUGAGAUUACAAAUAAGAAAGAACAGUGCUGUGUUACUUUAGCAGCUGGUUUACCUCACUUCUCUUCUGGAAUCUUCCGUUCUUGGGGAAGGGACACCUUUAUUGCACUUAGAGGCCUAAUGUUACUUACGGGACGUUAUAUAGAAGCAAGAAACAUAAUUCUGGCAUUUGGUGGGACUUUAAGACAUGGUCUCAUUCCUAACCUGCUUGGCCAAGGAACACAUGCCAGAUACAACUGCCGUGAUGCUGUGUGGUGGUGGCUUCAGUGUAUCCAGGACUACUGUAAGAUUGUUCCUAAUGGAUUAGACAUUCUCAGGUGUCCCGUUUCUAGGAUGUACCCAAGAGAUGAUUCUUCUCCUCAGCCUGCAGGCACUGUGGAUCAGCCGCUCUAUGAAGUAAUACAGGAGGCAAUGCAACGACACAUGGAAGGCAUAAGUUUCAGAGAAAGAAAUGCUGGUCCACAAAUAGAUCAAAACAUGAGAGAUGAAGGUUUUAAUAUAGUAGCAGGUGUUGACCGUGAAACUGGCUUUGUCUUCGGAGGGAACCGCUUCAAUUGCGGCACUUGGAUGGAUAAAAUGGGAGAGAGCGACAGAGCUCGCAACAAAGGAAUCCCUGCUACUCCAAGAGAUGGCUCUGCUGUGGAGAUUGUUGGCUUGUGCAAGUCGGCUGUUCGCUGGUUGCUGGAUUUGUCUAGGAAAAAUGAAUAUCCGUUCCAUGGCGUCACCAUUAAAAAAUACGGAAGGGAGGAGACCAUCACAUAUGAUGAAUGGAACAGAAAAAUUCAAGGACACUUUGAAAGACUCUUCUUUGUCUCUGAGAACCCUGCAGAUCAAAAUGAAAAACAUCCAAAUCUAGUUCACAAACGUGGGAUUUAUAAAGACAGCUAUGGAGCUUCAAGUCCAUGGUGUGAUUACCAACUCAGGCCAAAUUUUACCAUAGCAAUGGUUGUGGCCCCUGAGUUGUUCACACCUGAGAGAGCUUGGAAAGCUCUGAGGAUAGCAGAGGAAAAACUACUUGGUCCAUUGGGCAUGAAAACUUUAGAUCCAGAUGAUAUGGUGUACUGCGGAGUAUAUGAUAAUGCUCUUGACAAUGACAACUAUAAUGUAGCCAGAGGUUUUAAUUACCACCAAGGGCCUGAAUGGGUAUGGCCGAUUGGAUAUUUUCUUCGUGCCAAAUUGUACUUCUCAAAGUUGAUUGGUCCAGAGAUAUAUGCAAAAACUGUGGUUAUGAUAAAGAACGUCCUUUCUCGCCACUAUGUUCACCUUGAAAGAUCAUCCUGGAAAGGGCUCCCAGAACUGACCAAUGAAAAUGGGCAGUAUUGUCCUUUUAGCUGUGAAACUCAGGCCUGGUCUAUUAGUGUUAUCCUUGAAAUUCUUUAUGACUUGUAGAAGUUUAUUUUGAUUGAUUUUUUUUUUUUCAUGAAACUU